AUGUGUGAGCACACGAGGACAGCCACGGGGACCAGCAAGCGGGCCGAAGACAAAACGGAUCCAGAGAGUGACGCUCGGCUGAAACUUGCGGGGCCGUUCCCAUUCGGCUGUCGGGCUCCGUGCUCGGCCACUCGUUGUUCCCACACCUUUGCACACCGCCCCUUGCAAGGCCCGUCCCCGGAGGCACUCCGCCACAUCUUGCUGACGCUCGGGAUCCCCGCCGAAGAGCUCAAGGGGCAGCCCGACAAGUGGAGAGGAAUCCGCUUCCGUGAGGACGGUUGUAUGCAGGCGCUGGAUCUACAUCGCAGACCCAUCAGCGGCAUACUGGAUCCUCUUGCGAAUCUCACCAGCCUAAAGUUUCUAUCUCUGUCGGACACCGAAGUAACCGGAGGCUUGCAGGCCUUGAGCGAGAUGAGCGAGCUGCAGAACCUAUGGCUGGAUGGCACCAAGGUGGCCGGUGACCUGCAACCACUUGCCAAGCUCACGAAGCUGAAGGAGCUCUUGCUCAAGAACACCGGCGUCACCGGAGGCUUGCAGGCGUUGAGCGAGAUGAGCGAGCUGCAGAAGCUGUGGCUGGAUGGCACCAAGGUGGCCGGUGACUUGCAGCCCCUCUCCAAGCUCACGAAGCUGAAGCAGCUGUAUCUCUCGGACACCGGCGUCACUGGAGGCUUGCAGGCGUUGAGCGAGAUGAGCGAGCUGCAGAAGCUGUGGCUGGAUGGCACCAAGGUGGCCGGUGACUUGCAGCCCCUCUCCAAGCUCACGAAGCUGAAGCAGCUGUAUCUCUCGGACACCGGCGUCACUGGAGGCUUGCAGGCCUUGAGCGAGAUGAGCGAGCUGCAGAAGCUGUGGCUGCAUGAUACCAACGUGGCCGGUGACCUGCAACCACUUGCCAAGCUCACGAAGCUGAAGGAGCUCUUGCUCCAGAACACCGGCGUCACCGGAGGCUUGCAGGCGUUGAGCGAGAUGAGCGAGCUGCAGAAGCUGUGGCUGGAUGGCACCAAGGUGGCCGGUGACUUGCAGCCCCUCUCCAAGCUCACGAAGCUGAAGCAGCUGUAUCUCUCGGACACCGGCGUCACUGGAGGCUUGCAGGCCUUGAGCGAGAUGAGCGAGCUGCAGAAGCUGUGGCUGCAUGAUACCAAGGUGGCCGGUGACCUGCAAGCACUUUCCAAGCUCACGAAGCUGAAGAAGCUCUGGCUCAGGAACACUGACAUGUAUGGCGAUCUUGCCGACCUGGUUCAGUUGACAAACCUGGAAAAGGCCGAUCUGAGCAGCACGCUCGUGUCUGGGCGCCUGACGUCCGCCUGGCGGGGCCAGCUCCUCCAGCUCCGCUCGCUCGACCUCGCGGGGAGCCGGGUGAACUUCCUGCCCGUCGGAGGCGACCUCGAAGACCUCCGAGCGACAUUCUUCACCGACGAGACGCGGCAGCUCCUUCCGGCUCUGGUGAACUUGGACGUCUCACGAUGUCCGCUGGAUGGCGAAGUGCAGAACCUGUUGGAGCCCCUCUCCUUCGCAGGACACCUGGCCUCGAUCCGUGCCAGCGGCACGAACCUUUCCGGCCAUGUCUUGAAGAGCUGCUUGCGCGAGGUACACGUGAAUGGUGCCGACUAUGGUCGCUAUUGCGCUGUACCCUUGCAGCGGACCCUGCAAGUCUUGGAGUUGGCGGACAACAGGAUCCAUCGCAUCGAGGGCAUCCCUGCCAACGACAACGUCUCCUUGGCGAACAACUCGGAGACGUUUCUGAACGUGAAAGCAUUGCGGGAAGCCUUGGGCAACAAUGUGCAGGUGGACCUCACGGCUACCAAAAUCUCCAACACGGACGAUGUCGCCACACUGUUUCAUGAAGGAUUUCUUCACAGAACUGAACAGCUGACCCAAAGCGAUCGCCUGAAGGGUUUCGCAUGUUACGACAUCACCUCCACGUCUUUGCGGGUGUCUCCGUCCUCAUUUUGGCCGCAAGGCUUGUGCGCCUGCAGCGAGGGCUUCGAAGGGAACGGCACCUCGUGCAAGCAGUGCCAUCCAAACACCUACAAUGAGCACUUCAACCGCAGUUGUGCGCCGUGCCCCAGCAACAGCACGGCGAUAGCAGGGGCCACCUCUGUCUUCAGCUGCGUCUGCACAGUCGGCAGGAUGCAUCUGUCGAAGUCUGGGUCUGGGCAAGAUUGCCAGUGCGAUGCUUCGAAAGCCCUCCACAAGGAUGUCUGCGAAGACUGCGGAGAGCUGCACUUGGACUGCCGUCAGCACGGCCUCAACGCGAGCUCGGCGGCACCGCAGGUCGGCUAUGCCCGUCUGCAAGCCGGAGCUGGACGUGCUUACAGGUGCUUGGAGCCUGCUGCGAAGGUGCGCUGCAACGCUUCAUUUGCGAACGGCACUGGGAGCGGCGCGGCUCUGGGCUGCGCCGCCGGCCAUGAGGGUCCACUCUGCGUGGCCUGCUCCUGGGGCUACCGCAGCCGCGCCGGCGUCUGCGUUCCCUGCGAAAUGGCCGAUGCCGGCGCGCGCUGGCUGUACUUGCGUUGGGUAGUCGGGGCCGCGGUCUUCGCCGGAGUGCUCGUUACCGGUAUCUUCCUGUGGCGAAGGAGCCACAGCCAGCCCGCGACGGCCCGGCCCGAGCCGACCCUGUGGAGCGUGAUGCAGCCCCUGUUGGAGGCACAGGGCCCCGUGCUGCUCCAACUGUUCCAACUCUGGGGCCUGUUGGUGGCCUUCUUGGAAUCCCAGACAAGAACUGGUGAUGAACCGACGCAGACUGAUGGCUUGUGGGCGGAGGAGUGUGUCCAGUGGCUCCAGCUUACCGCGCAAGGCCUCCGUGAUGCGACGAGCCUCGAGUGCUGGUUCGGAAGGACAGCGAACGAUGUCGUGGCUCUGGCCGGGCCAUGUGUGCCCCUGGCGCUGCUGGCGCUCUGCGUCCUCUUGGAGGUGGCCUCCCACGGAAGCGGCGUCAGCCUUGCCCUGAAGCUGCUCACCUUGCUGUACAUCGGGGGCGCCUCGAGCAGCGCGGCGCUCACGCGAUGCCAGCACACCGACGGAGGCAAAGAUCGGCUGCCCGAUAUGUAUGCAUUCCGGACGGCGCUGCCGGACAUCAAGUGCCAGGACACUGCCCCCAUUGCAGAUAGCAUCGGUGCGUUGUGCGUCGUCUGCUAUGGGCUGCUGAUCCCCAGCUUCCUGGCGUACCUCAUGUUUAAGCAGCACCUGGCUUUGGCGCCCAGCCGGCGCUUCGUCAGCCAUGUCGCCACGAAGGGAGGUGACGUCACGGUCUGGGUUCUGCCGCUCGAGGAGUCCGAGAAGUCUGAGCCCGAGCAGGAGCUGAAAAGGAAGAGCCUCCUGGCCGCGGCGGUCGCCCGCAGCUGCAUCUACUUCUCCGGAGGCGUCCGGGUCCAGCUGCAGGAUGAGCGCCUGAUCCUCCGACCAACGGAGCAAGGCGCCGAAGAGGUCGUGAACUUGGACGGGAGCAGCUUCGUCUGGACGGUCCUGGGGAACAAGGGCGAUGCAGAUCUUCGGCGUUGCCAAGCUCUUGAGAGGAUGCUGAAGGAGCGGUACGUACUUGAAGAGGCCGCCUCCUCCGACAGAAUUGUGGCCGGUGCAAAAGAGUUCUUCGUCAAAUAUGCAGCGUGCCAAAGCGUGUGGUUCGAGAUCGCCAUGCGGAUUGUGGCCGUUGCUUUGGUGGCCUCCGUGCGGAGCGAGAACGGCCUGGAGUUUACCUUGGGCUUCACCUUGUGCACCUCGCUUGCCAUCGCCACGAUCCGACCUUUUCGGCAGCACCAGGUGAACGACUUGCAGAGCUUCUGCUUCUUCUGUCUGGCAAUCGCGGCUUUCGCCUUCUCGACAGGCCGGGUGCUGACGGCCCGCGCCGCCCUGCUAGCGCCCUGUGUGAUGGCGGCCGCGCAGGCGCUGAAGCCAGACGGCCCGGAAGCGCUGGCCCUGCGCCUCUUCCAGGAUGCGGAGGCUCGGUGGCCCAAGCAGCAGGGCGAGACCGUGGAGCUCUCGCUGCGGAGCAUCAGCUUGCUUUAA